AUGGAUGCAGAAGCAGCCCAUCGCGGAACAACUGUCUAUCUUUGUGACAAGCGUAUCGACAUGUUACCAGAACUGCUUUCAAGUGAUUUAUGUUCACUUCGCGAAAAUGUCGAUCGUCUAGCUUUUUCAGUAAUUUGGACAUUGACAUCCGAUGCUGAUAUCAUUGAUACUAAGUUUCAUAAAUCUCUUAUACGUUCCAGUGGUGCACUUACUUACGAACAAGCUCAAAAUAGAAUCGAUGAUCCUUCUUUGUCAGAUUCUGUAACUGUGGGAUUGCGAACAUUAUUGGAGCUGUCGAAGAAGCUAAAGGCAAAACGACAUGCUAAUGGUGCUUUGACUUUAGCCUCCUCUGAAAUUAGAUUUAGCAUAGAUUCUGAAACGAAGGACCCUAUCAGUGUGCAGGAGAAAAAGAUGCUAGCAACAAACAGCAUGGUUGAAGAAUUUAUGCUGCUAGCAAAUAUCUCAGUUGCAGAACGCAUAACAUCGGAUUUUCCGGAUUGUGCUUUACUUCGGCGACACCCAAUCCCUCCGGAAGAAAAUUAUAAACCAGUGAUUGAUAUGGCAAAGGCAAAAGGCUUUAAAAUGAAUGUUGAAAGUGGAAAAGCGCUUUCGGAAAGCUUGGAUAAAGCCGUAGAUGAGAAUAAUGUAAUGCUGAACACACUUUUCCGAAUGUUGACCACACGUUGUAUGACUCAGGCAGUCUAUUUUUCAUCAGGAUCAUUACCAACCGAGCAGUACGUUCAUUUUGGGCUUGCUGCUCCAAUCUAUACCCAUUUUACAUCACCAAUCCGAAGAUAUGCAGAUAUAAUGGUUCAUCGGCUGCUUUCUGCUUCAAUUUAUGCUGAUUCUACUUUUCCCGAAAUGUUGAAAGGUGACUUGGUCAGCAAAAUUGCAAAUAAUCUCAAUUACAGACAUAAGCAAGCACAGUAUGCUGGUAGGGCAUCGGUUUUACUAAAUACAUUGCUUUACUUCAAGGGUCGCACCGAAUUGCAUGAUGGUUUCGUGAUGGGUAUCCGGAAAAAUGGCAUUCAGGUAUUUGUGCCAACUUAUGGCUUUGAAUCAGUCGUCGUUUUUCCGAGUGGAUCAAAUUAUCAAGUAAUGGAGGACUUGUUAGUAGCAGAAGAUGUAGAAGUGCGAAGUUUCCAACGCAUUACUGUAAAGCUGUCACUGGAUGAAACUGACGUUCAGCACAUUCGGCUGGAUCUAAAGUUGGUUUCACCAAAGAUUCCUGGAUUCAGCGUUGAUUACAUCCUUUCUGCUCCGGAAGAGUGAAUAUCCAUCCUCACAUUGUUUUAAUGACCUGGCGAUUACCCCAGGUCAUGUAUAUAUACCAUAUUUCCCUUCUUCAUUUGACGUUCCUCAUUUGAAUCCCGCCCCAUUUUGUUAGAUUUUUUCCCGCGUUGCGGGCUAUUCCGCGCUUGGUAGGCAAGACUGACUUGUACUAAGGGGCG